AUGUUUUAUGAAAUUAUUGUGUGGUUUAAUGUUGAUUAUAUCAUUGUCGAUAAAAACAAAGAUCGUAACUUUAUUUUCAAAUGUGUGACAUAUACAAAAACGGAUCGAGAGAAGUUUGGAAAUGAAAUAUUUGAUUGUGUCACAUCACUUGGUGAAUAUUGUUAUUAUAAUUGUGACGAAUUGAGCAGUGUUAAUAUACCAUCAAGUGUUACAUCAGUGGGUAAUGGCUGUUUAAGUCGUUGUAUAAAUCUUAGUGCCAUAACACUACCCAAAGGUGUCACAAUGUUAAAUAGUAACUGUUUUGAAGGGUGUAAAACAUUGAGUAACAUUAUUAUACCUCUUCAAGUCUUAAAUAUUGGUAACUGUUGUUUUAGUAAAUGCACUAGUUUAAGUAGUAUACAUGUCUCAUCCAAUGUCACAUCAUUUGGUCACAAUUGUUUUAGCGAUUGUAACAGUUUGAGCAGUUUAGAAAUACCACCAAGUGUCUUAAGCAUUGGAAAUUUCUGUUUUUUGGGAUGUAACAAUCUUGGUAGUUUGAGUGUUCCAUCGAGUGUAACAUUUAUUGGUCACAACUGUUUUAAUCGAUGUGUUAAUCUCGUUAAUGUAACAUUGUCUGUACAAGUCACAUCAAUUGAACAUGACUCUUUUUAUAAAUGUAGCAACCUUAAAAGUAUAUUACUCCCAACUUGCGUUUCAAUAAUAAAAGAAUGCAGUUUCUGGGGGUGUAAAAAUUUGAGAACAGUACAUGUAUCAUCGAGUGUAACAUCCUUUGGCAAUCACUAUUUUUAUAAGUGUUAUAAUCUAAAUAAAAUAGUAAUACCGGCUGGAGUUGAAACUAUUGGUAAUAGUUGCUUUGAAAAAUGUAACAUGCUAAGCAUAGUAAUUAUACCAACCAGUGUUAAAACAAUUGGUAAUAACUGUUUUCAAGAAUGUGUUAAUCUGGAAAACAUUGAUGUACCAUCUAAUGUCACAUCAAUCGGUCAAAACUGUUUUUCAGCACACACUAAAGUUUAUCUGAAAAAAAUUGAAUUGAUUUUAUUAAUUGAAUUUGUGUGA